GCGGGGCCAUGGCAGGCUCGGAGGCGUCCUAGCCCGAUCCCGAGCCGGAUCCGAGCCCGAGCUGCCGCCGCAGCCGCCUCUCCGCGCCCGCGCUCCCGUAGCCGCCGCGCCCCCUGCGGGAGAUGGAACAGAGGAACCGGCUCGGUGCCCCCGGAUACCUGCCGCCGUUGUUGCUGCACGCCCUGCUGCUCUUCGUGGCCGACGCUACAUUUACUGAAGUCCCCAAAGAUGUGACAGUACGGGAGGGAGACGACAUCGAAAUGCCCUGCGCGUUCCGGGCUAGCGGAGCCACCUCGUAUUCGCUGGAGAUUCAGUGGUGGUACCUCAAGGAGCCUCCCCGGGAGCUGCUGCACGAGCUGGCGCUUAGCGUGCCCGGCGCCCGGAGCAAGGUAACAAAUAAGGAUGCAACUAAAAUCAGCACCGUGCGCGUCCAGGGCAAUGACAUCUCGCACCGGCUGCGGCUGUCGGCCGUGCGGCGUCAGGACGAGGGCGUCUACGAGUGCCGCGUGUCGGACUACGGCGACGACGACAUGCAAGAACACAAGGCCCAGGCGCUGCUGCGCGUGCUCUCGCGCUUCGCGCCGCCCAACAUGCAGGCCGCCGAAGCCGUGUCCCACAUUCAGAGCAGCGGCCCACGUCGCCACGGUCCCGCCAGCGCCGCCAAUGCCAACAACGUCGGCGCCGCGGGCCGCGCCACCUCGGAGCCCGGCCAUGGCGACAAGAGCCCGCCUCCCGGGAGCCCUCCCGCUGCCCCUCGUCCCGGAGUCCCCGAGGCCGCCGCCAACUCCGCGGCCCACGCAGCCACCACCACGGUAGUGGCCGCGACCGCUGCUUCGUCAGCGUCGCCGCCACCGCGUGAGGCGGUCCUUCUGCGCCAGAGGCACGACUCGGGCACCGGCCCUAACUACGCCACAGACCCGCUCCUGUCCCUGCUCCUGUUAGCUGUACAUAAGUUCCUCCGCCUGCUGGUGGGCCCCUGACAGACGCGCCGUCCUGUGCUCCUGAGUGGGCCCGCGUGGCUGCCCAGUCCCUGGGUGAGGACUGCAUCGCCAGACAGACGCAGACAGACUCAGAGAAGCAUGACCAAGUCCACGUGGAAAAUAAAUAAAUCAUAUUUUUGGGGAAGUUGCACAAAUGUAGACCACCUAAAAUAA